AUGGCACGACGAAGCCUCGAUGCGUGCCCCCUUUGGGAGUUGCAAUGUGAUGGCGCUGUGGUUGGCAUUGUGCAUGCCCCUGAGGCGGAGGCCAUUCUCACGUGCACAGCGCAACAGCUGGCAGUUUGGGAUGCCACUAGCCACGCCUUCCGUCGCGGUGUGCGCGGACGAAGCUUCUGGCAGGCCUUGAGCUACGCCCCAGACCUGCAAAGUGCCAUCAUGGGCGGCCGCGAUGGCACCCUGGUGCUGUGGGACAUCAACCGCGGUGAAGCCAAACGAGAACUCAGUUGUGGCAGCGCGGUGUCCUGCCUGGACUAUGCGCAGUCCUUGAAGGCCGUCUUCAGCGGUGAAGAAAACGGCACGGUGAUCGCGUGGGACAUGACCAGAGGGCUACAGCUGGCGGUGGUUUGGUGUGGUGCUUCUGUGAAUUGCUUGGCCUAUUGGUUCAUCGCCCCCUACAUCCGCGACAUCCCGCAUCUGAACGACGGGCAGGCGAUGUCCAAACUGAUUCCAGCCACAGAGCGGGGGACCAUGGGCCGGACCUUCCUCACGGGCGAUGCGGCCUUCAAGGUGACCGUUUGGGACAUCGAGACGACACAAGCCAAGAAGACUUUCCACUGCCAUAGCCACGUUUUGGUCUUGGCGGUGUCGCCUUUUCUGGGCCUCAUCGCGGCUGGUGAGGCCAAUGGUCGAGUGACACUUUGGGAUGCCGAAGUUGAGACGGUGCUGCACCGCUUUGAGGGCGGCGCCUUGCGUUCGCUGCACUUCACGGCGGCGGGGGAGAUCCACUGUCUGCUGUGUGCGGAAUCCAUGCGACUGAUAUCUUGGGACAUCGACACCGGCCAGUUCCGGUCGCGAAAUUUGAAACGCACUUCGUCAUGCAGCUGUGUCAGCAGCCUAUGUGUUUUAUCCAGUGAGGGCAAGGCGGACGAAUCCGGCCACGACCAGCUCCUCGUGGGCGACAGCGCGGGCCUCGUCCGUGCGCUGCCGCUGCAGUCCGUGGCGGCCCUGCGCGGCCACGACGCGACGCGCUGCGGGGAUGGCGUGCGGCUGAGAGCGGCGAUGCGAAGUAAGUGA